CGCUACUUGAUUGCCAUUGCGUUUUGUUUUGAAGCUUGAGUGCGACAGCAAAGAGAUUACAGCAGCUACUGAGCGUUAAGUGGGAGAGUAAAGCUGUGGCAGCAACAGUCAACACAGUUACACAGACAGACACGCACACACACCCACGCACACCCACAUAUACAGAGGCAGACACUCUAGAACAGACGGAUAGAAAGCCACGCCUUAAAAAGCACACAAAUCGAACGCACAAUGAAAAACGACGUGGUGCGAUGGAGCGGGCAGCCUAAUAGCGACAGUACCAACAGCAGCAGCAGCAGCAACAACAACAACAGCAGCAGCAGCAGCAGGAGCAAGAAUAACAGUAAAUACAGUCAAGAGAUAAGCAACAUAAACAAUGUACAGUCAAUGCAACAUGUUGCUAACAAAAGAAGUUGUCAGUCAACGGCGGCAAUGGCAAAUGUUGCUGCAACAAGUGCAACCUGGCAACAGCAGCAGCAACAACAACAACAAACAAUCAAUGAAUGUGAUAUAACAAGUUUAAACUACAAUUGCAAUUUAUUCAACAUUAGUUUUUUAACAACAACAACAUCAACAACAAACAAGGAACACAAUAGAAAAACGAAAUGCAUUCGCAGAAGACAUUCGAUUGAGCCAAAAGCGACGCAAACGCAAACGCCGACGUCGACUUCAUUACGUUUGCUUUUGCAAUUUAGUCUCGUAGUGUUUUUAUGUAAACUUAAUGUCGGUUUCGCGGCCAAAAUGGAGCCAGGCCACGCCCAGUCGCCACUGCUGUCGCCCUAUGUGCUGGACUAUGAGAACGCUGCAGUGAGCAGCGGAGCAGGCAGCGGCGCAGAUAGCGGCAGCGGCAGUGACAGCGGCGCUGGCAGUGCCAGGAACGUGCGUGAAGUGGGCAGCAAUGGGGGUCACUAUACGCACACCUGGGCGGUGCACAUACCGAACGGUGACAACGGCAUUGCCGAUGCUGUUGCCAAGGAACACGGUUUCGUCAAUUUGGGCAAGAUCUUCGAUGAUCACUACCAUUUCGCGCAUCACAAGGUGUCGAAGCGCUCCCUGACGCCCGCCUCACACCAUCAGACCCGCCUCGACUUGGACGAGCGCGUGCAUUGGGCCAAACAGCAACGGGCCAAGUCGCGUUCGAAGCGCGAUUUCAUACGAAUGCGGCCAUCGCGAACCUCGUCCCGGGCCAUGUCGCUGGUGGAUGCAGUGUCCUUCGAUGACCCGAAGUGGCCGCAGAUGUGGUAUCUGAAUCGAGGCAAUGGUCUGGACAUGAAUGUGAUACCCGCCUGGAAGGAGGGCAUAACUGGCAAGGGCGUCGUGGUGACCAUACUCGACGAUGGACUGGAGUCCAAUCAUCCGGACAUUGAGCAGAACUACGAUCCCAAGGCCUCGUACGAUGUGAAUAGCCACGAUGAUGACCCGAUGCCGCACUACGACAUGACCGACUCGAAUCGCCACGGCACUCGAUGCGCGGGCGAGGUGGCUGCCACAGCGAACAACUCGUUCUGCGCGGUGGGCAUUGCUUAUGGGGCAAGUGUGGGCGGUGUGCGUAUGCUGGACGGUGAUGUGACUGAUGCUGUGGAGGCGCGUUCGCUUUCGCUCAAUCCGCAGCACAUUGACAUCUACAGCGCCUCGUGGGGGCCGGACGACGAUGGCAAGACGGUGGAUGGGCCCGGCGAGCUGGCCUCACGCGCCUUCAUCGAGGGCACGACGAAGGGGCGUGGCGGCAAGGGAAGCAUCUUCAUUUGGGCAUCUGGCAAUGGGGGCAGGGAGAUGGACAAUUGCAAUUGCGAUGGCUAUACGAACUCCAUAUGGACGCUGUCCAUAUCGAGCGCCACCGAGGAGGGCAACGUGCCAUGGUAUUCGGAGAAAUGCAGCUCCACGCUGGCCACCACCUACAGCAGCGGCGGGCAGAGCGAGAAGCAGGUGGUCACCACAGAUUUGCAUCAUUCAUGUACCGCAUCGCAUACGGGCACCUCGGCCUCGGCACCGCUCGCCGCGGGCAUUGCAGCCCUGGUGCUGCAGUCGAAUCAGAAUCUGACCUGGCGCGACCUGCAGCACAUUGUGGUGCGCACCGCAAAGCCAGCGAAUCUCAAGGAUUCCAGCUGGUCGAUCAACGGUGUUGGCCGACGUGUGAGCCACUCCUUUGGCUAUGGCCUCAUGGAUGCGUCCGAUAUGGUACGCGUCGCGCGCACCUGGAAAACGGUGCCCGAGCAGCAGCGCUGCGAAAUCAAUGCUCCCCACGUGGACAAAGCCAUUCCGCCACGCAAGCACAUCACAUUGCAACUGGCCGUCAAUCACUGCCUCUCGGUCAAUUACCUGGAGCACGUCCAGGCCAAGAUCACCCUAACCUCCCAGCGACGCGGCGAUAUACAGCUAUACCUGCGCUCGCCCGCAAAUACGAGGGUGACGCUACUAACAUCGCGCAUUCAUGAUAAUUCACGUUCCGGCUUCAACCAGUGGCCCUUCAUGUCGGUGCACACGUGGGGCGAGUCGCCGCACGGCAACUGGCAGCUGGAGAUACACAACGAGGGACGCUACAUGGGCCACGCCCUGUUGCGCGAAUGGUCGCUGAUCUUCUAUGGGACCACGCUGACCAUCGAUCCAAAGGAUCCGAUAUCGACGCCGCGUGGCGGCAGCGACGAGCAGGCGACCACGCCCAAUUCGAGUGGAGGUCAGGGCAGCACCAGCAGCAACUUGCACCAGGUCUAUUCGCCGCAGUAUCCCCUCAUAUCGCCCAACAAUUUCGCCCAGAUGCCGGCAGGUGGGGCCAAGCUGCCACUGGGCAAAAUGCCGCCCAAUAAAUCCAAUUUGGUGACCAACAAUCCGUUGCCGCCGGUGCCCCCACCCAAGCAGGGCUAUCAGCAGAUCUCUGCCACAUAUGGUGUUCUGCUGGGCAAGACCAACAGCAACAACAACAACAACAACAGUAAGGGAAACAACAAAGGCAACAACAAGGGCAACAAGGGCAACAAGUCAGGCAAUGGCAAGGCCAACAACAGAAAGGAACAAACCAUGCAGAGCGGCAACAGCAACAGCAGCAGUGGAAGUGGCAGCAACAAGAACAAAUAUUAUCGCAUAUCCCAGCAGCACAGCGGAGGCGGAGGAGGCGGUGGCGGAGGAGGCGGUGGCGGUGGCGGUGGCAAGUCCAAGGGCCAGGCAAAUGGGCUGCAAACGCAACGCCCAAAAGGCAGCUCGAGUGAAAAGUUUUAUGAUGAAAAAACGCGCAAAGUCAUAGGCGAAAUUAACAAUAGCCACUCGAACAACAGCAGCAGCAACAACAAUCGCGGCAAUAAUGGCUCGACGGGACCACGCCUACCCGGCAAGGCAGCCAAACAGGUGAAGGACAAUAGCCAGCAGGACUCGCGCAUACCGAAACUAUUCGAGCACUACGAAAAGAUUCAGGCCAUAUUUCCCGAGCUGGAGCCCUACGUGACCAGCAGCCAGCCCAAAUCCAAGCCUGGUACGCAGCAACAGCAGCAGCCUACGCCACGCAAACAGGGCAAACAAUUUGAAGUGGACCUGUUCCGGCCCACAAUGGGCAAUGCUGGCAGCAGCAGCAGCAGCAGCACCGGCAGCACCAAACCAGUCAACAGCAGCAAACCGGGCAACACAAAGAAGUCACCGUCCGCACCGCCGCCUCCAUCGCACUCAAUGUUGCCCGCGGGCGGCAGCAGUUUUUUGCCCGAUCAGCGCAUACUCAAAAAACAGCAGCUGCUGAUGGCCGCCGCCGGUGUCCUGGCGCCCCAGGACGACAGCGCUGAUAAUGCGAAUGCCAAUGUUGACUCCGAGGAAUCAGCUGGCGAUGAUGACUCAGAGGAGACCAUUUUGCAGCUGGCGCCGAGCAGCUAUCGCAAGGGCACCUCACCAAAUGCCCAAAUCACACAAUGGGACAUGAUACUCUAUGGCACCGAGGUGCCCUCGCAGCCCGACGACGAGCCCAACAAGAGCCAGCGCAAUCAGUUCAAUUUGUAUGGCAACGAUAUGGCACACAACGACAUCGAGCACGACGCCAGCGGACAAUGGCGCAACAUGCAACAGGUGGGCGAAGUGGGCAUGGCCCAGGAUCGUAGCAAUGCAGCUGCAUGCCUCAAGUGGAACGACCAGAAAUGUUUAGAAUGCCAGGAGCCCAGCUACUUCUAUCAGGACCUUUGCUAUGACGAGUGCCCCCAACACACCUAUCCCCAGACUCAUGCGGAUGAGCUUGAUCUGGACGUAGAGCUUAGCGAUCCAGAUAUCACAGCCGCUAAUGCUAUACCAGACGUCGAUAAUGAGCUGCACAGCAAAGAUCGAACUUUCAGCGAUCUGAACGAUCCGCUGCAGGCGGCUGAACGUCGACGUCGUAGCAGUGACUCCAGCAGCACCGUGCUUUUGACACCCCGUCACAGUCGCAUCUGCUCCAGCUGUGACAAGAGCUGCCUGCGCUGCUUUGGCCCCAGCGCCUCCCAGUGCAGCACCUGCUAUCCGGGCAGCCAGCUGCGCAAGCUGGCUGAGACCAAUGAAACCUACUGCUACGCCUACGUUGUGCGCAGCACCGUGGUGGAUGUCUCCAAUCCGACCCAACUGGAAACCGAUGCCAAGGUCCAGUACAUGAGCUGGACCGCUGCGCUGCUUGUGAUUGCUGUUAUUGUAUCACUGGUGGGCGUGGGAGUGGCGGGCGGAGUGCUCUACCAACGGAGAGAGGCCAAGUCGGAGCUCUAUACCCGCGUCGCUCUGAUUGCCGACGAUGAAGCCGACGACAGUGGCGAGGACCAGGAGGACGAGCUCUUCAAUGCACGACAUCAUCAUCAUCCGAGCGAUGUGCUCGAAUAUCACGAUGAGCUGCAGUCAAGUCAGCUGCCCAGUGAGUCGCUUAAAGAUGGGGAGGUCGAAGAGGAGUUGGAGGAGCACGCCCAGCUGGUGCCCAAGUAACCCAAGUCUGGCAGCCUAUUUAAAUAGUCCUAAGUGCAUUUACAUCUAGUUACAACUCAUAUAAAGCUCAAGCGGAAACUCAUAACACCAUGCGUGUUUUUGGUAAACUGUUAUAGCUUACGAUUUGACAUCAUAUUUA